UCACGAACUGUUGCCAAGUUGUCGGUCAUUUCAAUUCAAACUAUUUUUUGAGCAAACACGCUUUUCAAUCGAGACUAGGCUACAGUGCGGUUUUAUUUCAGCCGCACUUUAAGCUAAAAAACACCGCUGCGUGAAAGUGCAAUCCGCCACUUGAGGCAGUCGAACACUAGUCCCUGGAUAUCUGUUAUAUUUGUGAAUACAAUGCAAUUCAUAAAGCGGGGGCAUGAGUUUAUUUCUUCACAUGUACAAACACAUAAUUUGCGAUCCCGGGUCAAUGGAAAAACGAGGGCAUCGGUCAGCGCGUCCAGUUGCUGCGGCGCGGUGCACAAGACAGGCUGCGCAGAUACGUGCUGAUCCUCUGUGAGCAGAGUCUCGAGCGGCUCCCAGGGUACGGGCGCGAGGACGGGAGAGGAGGCGCCCCAAGCCUGAAGACCGACAACACUGAAAACACGCAGAUAAGCGAGCCACCUCAGCUGCUAAUUACGCGCAAGACGAGAUGGCAAAAGAGACGAAAGGAAAAGCUCCGACCCGCAAGCUCAGCGCCUCCCAGUGGCGGAUGCAGAACAUUGCACUCGAGUCUGUUGACAGCUCCGAUGAGGAAUUCUUUGAUGCCAGAGAGGUGCAGGAGGGGAAGAGCGCUCUCCUCCUGGGAAUGAGUCAGUGGAGUUCCAAUGACCUGGUGGAGCAGAUUCACACCCUGGGCCACAUGGAUCCGUGUCAAGAGAGCCUGCACCACUUCCCACAUGCUCACUGUCUCCCCCAGAGCAGCAUCGAUGAGCUGGAUGACAUGGAGAGGAAAUGCAGAACGCAGGUUCUGAUUCUGGUGGUGCACGGAGGCAGCGUCUUGGAUCCGGCCGGCGGAGACGCCGGGGCCAAGGCCCGAGACGUGGCCACGCUGGUGUCCGUGCUGGAGAAGGUGGCGCGGGCGCAUUUCCAGGCCGCAGCUGAACACGUGCUCAUCAGGCUGGUCCCGUGCCCUGCAGUGUGCGCCCAGGCCUUCUCUCUCCUGUCCCAUCUGAACCCGUACAGUUACGAUGAGACCUGCGUGUCCAGCAGUGUGGACCCACUCCCCCUGGCGGCCCUCCCGCUCCUUGCUAUUGUGGCCCCCCACUACCAGGACGCCGUGGCGACCAUCAUCGCCCGCGCAAACCAGGUCUAUCACAGCUUCCUGCAGUCCCAGGACGGCCAGGGCUUCUCGGGACAGGUAUGCCUGAUUGGAGACUGCGUCGGAGGUGUGCUCUGUUUCGACGCCUUGUGCUUCAGUGGCGCCCAGAAGUUUGGCAGCCCUAGUAACAGCAUCAAAAACAACAGUACAGAGAGUCUGAAGGACGGCCUGGGCCUCCUGCAGGAGUUGAGCCCCAAGCUGAGCUCCAGCAAGCGCCUCAGCAAGAGCAAUAUCGACAUCUCAGUCCCCCGGGACACGGUGACCCCCGGCAGGCAGCCGCUCAACAGGAAACAGAGCGACUCGUACGACGGCGAUUCGGCCCUCUUCAGUCGUCUUCUGCAGGAGAAGGGAGAUCUGCACCCAGGCCAGGACAGCAGCUUGGUGUCUAACCCCGGCCACUUUGACUUUGAGGUGUCUGACUGCUUCCUGCUGGGCUGCCCGGUGGGGCUAGUCCUGGCCAUGAGGAGGACUGUGCUCCCAGCCGUCCAUGCGAUCCAUCUCCGCCCUGCCUGCUCACAGAUCUUCAACCUCUUCUACCCCUCUGACCCGUCUGCCUCCCGUCUGGAACCUCUGCUUCACCCCGCUUUCCACAAGCUGCCCCCCUUCUCUGUGCCACGCUACCAGCGAUACCCCCUGGGAGACAGGUGCUCCUCUCUCAUAGCUGAUUGUAUCCUCAGGCACCUGGAUGUCUUCUUGGAGGGGGGGUCCAGUGCAGGAAGGCCUGGGGAAAGUAGGGAUCUUGAGGAGGGUACCCCACGUCGUGCCAGCCUGGACAGCGGCAAUAGGGACACCUCUGCCAGCUGCACAAGCAGUCUAAGCGGCACCAUUUCCAACAUCUCCAGUAGCUGGUGGGGGUCUAUGCGGCUGGACUAUGCUCUGUACUGUCCAGAUGUCCUGAGCUCCUUCUCCACCAUGGCUCUGCCCAGCCUCUUCCACAGCUCAUACUGGGAAUCCACUGAUGUCGUGGCCUUUAUGCUGAGACGGGUGAUGCAGUGGGACUGCGUGAAGGCCCAGGAGAUGGACAGCUCAGACUCCGCGCCCUGCUCUUCACUCAGCCCGCGGGAGAAGUGGCUCCGGAGACGCACUCACGUCAAGCUACGGAACGUGACGGCCAACCACCGGGUGAACGAUGUCAUCGCAUCGGAGGACGGCCCGCAGAUCCUAGUCGGCCGGUUCAUGUACGGCCCCCUGGACAUGGUGACUUUGACUGGAGAGAAGGUGGACGUGUACCUGAUGACCCAGCCCCAGUCAGGGCGAUGGGUGUACUUUGAUACGGAGGUGACCAGCAGCAGUGGCAGGGUGUCCUACACCGUCCCUCAGAACAGGAGGCUGCCGGUGGGCGUUUACCCCAUCAGAAUGGUGGUCAAGGGUGACCAGUCCAGUGCAGAGGCUUUUGUGACGGUCCUGCCAAAGGGGAUGGAGUGUGUGGUGUUCAGCAUCGACGGAUCCUUCACUGCCAGCGUCUCCAUCAUGGGAACGGACCCCAAGGUCCGCCCAGGAGCCGUGGAUGUGGUCAGGCACUGGCAGGACCUGGGGUACCUGAUCAUCUACAUCACGGGCCGCCCGGACAUGCAGAAGCAGCGCGUGCUCUCCUGGCUCUCCCAGCACAACUUCCCCCACGGCAUGAUCUUCUUCUCCGAGGGGCUGGUGCACGACCCGCUGCGGCAAAAAACGAUCUUCCUGAGGAACCUCAUACAAGAGUGUCACAUCAAGAUUAGCUCGGCCUAUGGCUCCAUGAAGGACAUUUCGGUGUACAGCAUGCUUGGUUUGAGCCCUGUUCAAAUCUACAUUGUGGGGAGGCCAUCCAAAAAGUACCAGAAUCAGUGCCAGUUCCUGAGUGAGGGCUACGCGGCACACCUCUCCUGCAUGCAGUGUCGACACCGGACCAGGUCCAAGAAGAGCUCCUCGGCGCGCAUGGUCCUGCGGAAGGGCACAUUCGGCCUGUCCACCAAGUCAGACUUCCUCUGCAAACGCACCCACCUUCGCAGGACCACGUCUGUGCAGCAGUCCGACCCGCCCUCAACUCCCAACCCCAAACCUGAGCGUGCCCAGAGCCAGCCCGAGUCCGACAAGGACCCUGUGGGCGGAACCGCUGGAGCUGAUGGAGCCUGGAGACGGGGCUUGUGUCAAAGAGACGCAACACCCUGAGGGAGACAGAGAUAUGGGCAUCAGACGAUGGGGAUGGCCGGCGUAUCCUGGGGAACAGGUUGAACGUGAAUUCAGUUGUUCUGUGUGUUUUAUAAUGACUGAAUUCCAUUGCCCACACAAUAAAUGUUAUUUGUUGAAGUUCUGCUUUCAUUGUGUGUCACCCUGAAAGUCAUUGAUGAUUAUAAAGAUUCUAAAAGUACUUCUGGUUUUUGUGCAUCUGUGUGAUUUUCUUUUUGCACUUCAAACUGUCAUGCUGGAUGGUCAUCACAAUAUUCUUAGAUAAAUAUAUCAUUUAUUAUCAGGAGCUAGCUAACUGGCAGCAUGCGUCAGAGUGGUUUGAAACGUGCUAUGACCUAACUUACUAUGGCUUUCACUAGCCUACAGCAGAAUACUGCCUGCCUGGAUAAUUAGCUCGAAAAAUAAAAACAAACAUGACAAAACAAAACGUAAAGAGACAGGUCCAAUACACAUUUACCUGGGGGUGCGUUAAACCAGAAAAUGUCAAACCUGUCAAUAAAAGUAGGCUACAUUGUGAGUUUGUGAUGUUUGUAGACUAAUUUUCAAACAGUGUUGUCAGUUGAUUUUGUCAACAGUGACGCUCUGUCACAUUCCGUGUUUCUCCCUAAUUAGCAUUUUCUGUUUCAUGUCAUGCACUUCUACGUUAUUGUCUGUUCCGUAGUUCUCGCCUCAUUCAUUUAUCUCACCUGUGUUUCGUUGCUGUUGUCACACCCUGUGUGGCAUUCUGUUUUGCGUUGUCGGUUUCAUGUCACGUUUUGUCUGAACUCCCGCUCCGUACCGGCCCCUGCAUUCUUUCAUUUCACCUUUUGUAAUUCCCUUAUCUCCGUUCUCACACCUGAUUGUAAUUUCAGUUUAGUCACUUGUGUGUAUAUAUACUUGUAUGUCCGCACCUUUGCUACUUUGCUAGAUUGUUAUGUGUUACUUGCAUUCUCUCAAGCGUUUUCCUGACUGUCUACUCCGUGUCUCGACCUGCUUCUGGGAAAAGUAGAGUUCUGAUUUCCGAACGCUGAUUCUGUACCUUAAACCUCUUGGAUUGCUAUUCUGUGUACAAAACCCUUUGCCUGUGACCACAACCAUACCAUUGCCAGUCUCCACUGUGAUUGUUUGCCGGCGAUUGAACUCUGUCUGUCUGACUCCGAAAAUAAAACCUCUGUUCUACUUG